AUGAAAGUGUCAAAAUCAGCACCAAAGAUAAACGAAAAAUUGAAAGCUAAAAUUCCUGUGAAUCAAGGCCACUGGAAGCAAAAGCCACAGGCUAAUAAAGAACAAGAAAGUCUCAAUAGACAGGCUGCAAAGGCAUCUUCCUCAGGUUUGACACUGAAGAAAAGAAGGAGAUCCCAAUCGAUAUUGAGAAUCAAAGUCCCUCUAAUCCGUCAUCAGGCAAAAGACGGAUUACAAGAGAGAAAUUGGCGACAAUUCUUGAGAAUAGUAAGGAAAGGAAUAAAGCGGAUUCUUCUUGAGAUGUACAGGAGCAAAGGCAACAUUUGGAAACCCUUGCAGAACCUUGUAAACAGCUUGUUGUUUACGUUCCACAAAUUGAUUUGUCUUCACGAUUUGCAGUCCUCGACGAAUUGGAUAAGAUCGGGCUCUGGAAAAGCUCAACGUGGAUAG